UCAUGAUUGGCGGGGGAUUGGGAGGGAGCUCCAAUAUUUGAAAUACUCCUGCCGCAGUAACUGUGCCACCGUAACCGUAACAUACCUAUUCCUAAAGCUUCCCUAUCACUCGAUAUUGCUUUGAAUUUGAUACCAUUCAGUCACCUCCGAUUCCCUAUAAGACCUCGAUGCGCUUUCCAACCUUCCCAACUCUUCUCCGUACAUUCUACACCCUCAGCAACUACACUGCCCGCGCCUCAACCCAAUACAAAGCUCUUCAGCCUUUAACUCGAGGAACAGUUCUCAAGUCAAUGCCAACCAUCCCUUUCCUGUCCAGUCUCUUCGGUACAAGCAGCAGCAGCUCCUCCAACAUGUCUCAUCCAGUCCAGAAAACCGACGACGAGUGGCGAGCAGUUCUCAAUAAAGAGCAAUUCCGGGUCCUCAGACGAAAAGGAACCGAAGCUCCAUUCGUUGGCAAAUACGACAAGCACAUGCCAGAAGAAGGAGUCUACACAUGUGCCGGCUGCGACGCACCUCUUUACAAAGCAAACCACAAGUUCAAGUCCGGCUGCGGAUGGCCGGCAUACUUCGACAACAUCCCUGGCGCGGUGACUAGACAUGAGGAUCGCACAUUGGGCAUGUCGAGAACGGAAAUCGUGUGCUCGAAUUGUGGUGGUCAUUUGGGACAUGUUUUCAAAGGAGAGGGAUAUGACACGCCUACGGAUGAGAGGCAUUGUGUGAACAGUAUCAGCAUGAAGUUCUCGCCGGAGGAUAAGGUGGUGGAUAAGACGGAUAGCAAAGUCUGAUUUGGUGUGUGUUGCAAGAGUGUGGUGUUGAGAGAUAUCCGGGUAGAGGGAGUUGUGUAUGUAGAGAUGGUAUUACAAUUAUGAAAGGAAUGGCAUUGGAUUAGUGACUAUAUCAUUGGAUGCAUUAAGCCAGCUCUCCUUCUUAUUUAUUUUUUGAUUUACACUUGACCCUCAGGAGCUCACCGG